UCAGCACCUUACAUUCGACCGAGGUCUUUUCUCCGGAUGACAUGGCUUCUGAGGAAUUUGAUGGAGGAUUAGCGGCAGCGUGUGUGAUCUUGGGCCUAUGCUUUCUGGUUGGGAUCCCUGGCAACCUACUGGUGAUCUGGACCAUCCUACAUCACGUGAAGCAACGCUCGCACACAGUGGUACUCAUCCUUCACCUUGCUGUCGCUGACCUUCUGGUGCUCAUCACACUGCCUCUGUGGAUCUAUUCAUUGGCCAAAUCUUGGGUCUUUGGAGAGAUCUGCUGCAAAGUCAUGUAUUUCAUGAUCAAUGCCUGUAUGUAUGGAAGCGUUUUCUUAAUUACCCUCAUGAGCGUGGAGCGUUUUUUGUCCGUGCGUUAUCCUUUCACCUCAGCUGUUUGGAAGAGGAAAAAUGCCUUAAGUAAAGCACUGCUGUUCCUUUGGACUGCCGCCUUCUUGUUCAGUGUGCCCGCACUCAUCACGCGGGUUAUCGAUAAGGAGGAUUCAGGAGAGGAGCACUGUUUGUACAGCCAGUACACCUCAGACACACAGGAGUUAGUGUGUGUGCUGCUGGAGACCCUGGUGGGCUAUGUAUUGCCAUUCUCCAUCCUGGUGGUGUGCUAUGGAUGCCUGUCUAGCCGCAUUUCUCAGAUGAAUUUCAAGUCCAAGCGCAAGUCUACGAUCCUCAUCGCCAGCGUGGUGGUAUUUUUCGCCAUUUGCUGGACGCCCUACCACAUCGGAAACUUACUCUCAUUGGUUACCCUUGCCACGGCUAAUUCUUUCCCAGAUAUUGGGAAUCAUUUGGAGGAUGUGCGAAACAACAUGGUUUACAUCAGCGGAGCAAUGGUUUUUAUCAGCAGCACAAUCAACCCUGUUCUGUACAUGUUUGCUGCCCGCUCCUUUCGCAGUUCUUUAGGUGACACUGGCAUCCGCAAGCUCUUCCGGCACAUUUCCAGUACCUCUCCAGGUGAGGGCAACAAGGAGUUCUCCUUUGUGUCCAAGAGACAAAACAAUCAGACCAGCAGCUCUCAGUGUAAUUCUGAGACAAAGGAGCAAAGUGACAUUUGUGGAAACAACAUAUCCUAGCAACAUGAGCAAAUUGUGCGUGUAUAUGCAUAUGCAGCAUAUAUAUUAUCAACCAGUUUCCUUUUUGGUAUCGUAUUUGAAAUGUAACUCUUACGUACUAUGUAAAUUUACUAACAUGAAAAUAAGAGUGCAAGAUCUAAAUCUUCAAAAAAUUCAUGUUAGACUUAUGUAUGUAUACAAAAUAUUAAUGUGCAAUUUAAUACCACCAUAAACUACAAAUGCACUGAUAAAAAAUUAAAAAUAAAACAAGUACUUCUCUAAUAGUCAUUGGCUGGGAACCGAUUCAGGGUGUACCCUGCCUAGUGCCCAUACUUAGCUGGGAUAGGCCCCAAGACCCCUACAACCCUCGUGAGGAUAGUGGAGGUAUUACCAGCACAAUUACCUCAUAGUUCUGAGGUUAAGGGUUUGAAUCUGGGCUCCAUGUGGAGUUGUUGUUUUUUUUUUUUUUUUUCCUUCUGGCGUUCUACUGGAUUGCAAAACAUGUAUCUCAAGGUGAAGUGAAGACUUGAUGAGAGUGUGAAUGGCUGUUUGAUUUUGUUUGACUGUAUGCCAUCUGCUAUUUGUAAAAUUCUGGAAUUUAAGUACCUGACUACCUGUGUGUCUGUAUUUAAGAGUUUUUUUUUCUGAAAUGCAGUACUCAUCACAAUACAGUACAAUUCAGAUGAACAGUGUUUAAAGUAAGAUGAAAUAUAAUUGUUUGUGUACCUGCAAAAUAUGUAUUGACACAUUUUUGUAUUGCAAAUCUGAAGAUUAAAAAAAAAAACAUUUGCGUUUUUUGUAUAAAUGUAGUACGAAAUGAAAAUUAACUUGUCUCCAGUACAACCGUUCAACUGUGCAUUUCAACUGUCUUUUCUUUGUUAGUAUUAUGAGAAGUGAACCCACCAUUUUACUUUUACACAUUU